AUGAAUAAUGAUGUGUCUGUCAACAUAUCAUAUAAUGAAACUCCACAUAAUGGCAAACCUAUUAGUAUGAUGAAAAUCUCACCGAAUGGACUAAUUCUUGUUACUUACAGUGAAGAUGAUAAAACAUUUUGCGUGUGGAAGGUUGAAAGUUUUAAAAAAGUAAUAGAAAGCAAACGUUUAGAUCGUUUAGAUGAUCAACAUAUUAUAUUUUGCAAGAAUAAAGAGAGUAAUAUUGUCGAUAUGUGUAUCAAUGAUGAAAAGGAUAAAAAGAUACUUGCGUAUAUUGAUGAUGAACAUAAAAUCAAAAUCAUCGAUAUGAACAAUGGACUUCAAGAAAUCAAAUUGAAUUUUGAAAUGGAA